GAAUUUUGUUUUUAUAAUUAGAUGUUUAUUAAAGAGAUAUUAAUAAAAGUUUUAUAAUGUUAUAAUUACGUCAACUUCGUUACAAGUUACGACGCUGUAUUGAUUCUUGAAAAAUUAAUUUACUCUUAAAUCAGUCUUCUCUAGAUACUGGAAUCUUAUCUUUACUCGUAUUCUUGACACAGGUUUUAGGUGCAUCAACAAACAUAUUGUUUAAUUCACGAUGUUCGACCAAAUGGCACAUGGCACAGCGCCCAGCUCCGCCUCCGCACCACCACAGAAAGUGUUACGGUUUGAUAAGGCAUACCUCAAGUCACUUCCUGGGAUAGUAAAGAUAAUAGCAUUGGUCUGCAAUAUAGCCGGUUUUAUAUGCAUAAAGAUAUCAUGGGCGUUCCUAUCAGCCAUAUUCUAUAACAUCCUGUACUGGUGCGGAAACAUCCUCACGGGGUUCCUACUGCUGAUGUACACAUUCCACUUCGUGGAGAAGUACGACCGCCUACCCUGGCUCAAGUGCGAGUUUGUGUACUGCGGCGUGAUGAGCCUGGCUUUUGUUGGCACGUCAAUAUUCGCGACCACGAUCGGCGAGAAUACGGGAUACGCUGUUGGGUUCUUCGGUUUGUGUUCAAUAAUUGCUUACGGGGUGGACUGCUUCCUGAAAUACAAGGCGUGGAAGAGAGGUCUGCCUCCACAGUGACGUCACUAUUGUCACUACAGACUUAUGCUUAAAUUAGGAUUGCCAACUAUUCUGUUUCAACCACAAGUCCUAAUUUUUACAAUCGGAUUACGGAGUUUAUCUAUGUACCGUCCAGUGCUUGGUACAACCAAGUAAUCUUUAUAUUCCAGCCUCCAAACUUUUAGUGGUAAGGAAGUGAACUGUAAUCCAAUUUAUUUUUCAGUUUUAUAGGUAAUUUUUAUAUUGAUACUACGGCAAAUAUAAUUCUGAAACAGAACGUCAACAAUAUUGAAAUAAUACUGCUCAAAGAGCUAGCCGGCAUUACAAAAAAAAAAUCCGCUCGUUAUAUUUUCGCAAGUCUGUAACACUUGGGAAAUAAUGGAGUUGCUACUCGCACUUGCGUUUUGAAAUUGCGGACCAAAAAUAUCUGUGGUUUGAUGUAAAUUUAACGUGGUGUGGAGGGUAUUAAAAAUUCGCACGAAUAUUUUUUUGUCCAUUUUAGAAGUCUGUCUAUACAGAGAACUCUCGGAAUAAUAAAUAUUGAAUGCUCUAAGCGUGAACUCUGUAGUCACUUUCAAAAAUCGCGAGAUAAAAGUUCGCGUGGAUUUUUUAAUUUUUUUACUUACUAUUUAUAGUAAUUUUUAAGUAUUAUGGUUGUGCAUUAAAUGCACAAAAUAUUUAGUUAUUUUAUAUAUUUUUUUAAUUUAGUUAGUAUGGUUGUCUUACUAUGUUUUAUCAAUGUAACCUAAACGGUCAUCGGAAAAUGAUUUUUUAUUGCGUAAUUGUUAAAUCAUCCGAACUUUGAGAUCAAGUGUAUACUUCUAUCUUAUAUAUAUAAAAGAGAAAAUGUAUGGGUAUGUUCCGUAUAGGCUCCGAAAC